AUGAUGCAUUCAAGGACCGAAUACCUCGCAGCCGGGGCCAACAGACACCCGUCGACGGCUGAUUGGGAUAUCUCAGGUCUUCUGGCUUAUGGCGCUGAUAGAAAUGUUGCUUUAUGGCGGCCACAGAGCUCUGAUGGCAGAGGCCUCUUCUCACUUCUCAGCGGUCAUACUGACACCGUAAAUGCUGUCAAAUUCGUCCCAGAGACCCAAGGAUUAUUGCUCAGCGGAUCUGUCGAUAAAACCCUGAAAAUAUGGAGCAAAGAUUCAUUAACUAAGCAAUACUCAUGUAUCCAAACCCUUUCAGAUCACCAAAGCUCGAUCAACUGCAUAGCGGUGUCUAGUCGGUCGUCGGGAAUCUUCGCAUCAGGGGCAGCCGAUGCCACGGUGAAGAUCUGGUCCCGGGACGAGCAAAAUGCGGCGACUUUGAAGCAGACUAUCAAUAUCACGCCUCGAUUCUUUCCCUUGGCACUGGCCCUGAGUCCUCUGGCCAGUGCACCCGAAUCUUAUGUGCUGGCCAUUGCCGGAACCAAAGACAUCAUCCAGCUCUACGUCCUAGACUCGCAGAAUGCGGCCGAGUUCCGGUUACAAGCAACUCUGGCUGGCCACGAAGGAUGGAUCAGAUCCUUAGAGUUUACAGUGGAGAGAUUCGGUCCCACCAGCGACCUCAUCUUGUCAUCAGCAAGCCAGGAUAAGUAUAUCAGACUCUGGCGAAUCCAUCAAGGCAAAGAACUGCCCGCUGCAGCUGCCUCAGCCGACCCGUCGUUGGGAGCUUUCAUGCCCGGAAAAUCUCUAUCGAACAAAGCUCAUCGAUUCAAGGCUCAAGGUCUUGACUUCUCUGCUACAUUUGAGGCGUUGCUUCUGGGACAUGAGGAUUGGAUCUACAGCACGAAUUGGAGAGCUGUGGGAGAUAAAUUGCAAUUACUUUCAGCAUCAGCAGAUAACUCGCUGGCGAUUUGGGAAUCCGAUGCUUCGACUGGAGUUUGGGUGACAGUCACGAGAUUGGGUGAAAUCAGUGCUGAGAAAGGAUCGACAACUGCUACUGGUAGUACUGGAGGAUUUUGGACGGGCCUUUGGUCGCCGUCUGGUGAGACAGUAGCCUCUCUUGGAAGAACAGGAAGCUGGAGACUGUGGAGCCAUAACUUGGAGCGAGAUAGAUGGAUUCAAGGAGCUGGAGUCAGCGGGCACACCCUGCCAGUGGCAGGUAUUGCCUGGUCAAAAGAUGGUGAUUAUCUUCUCUCCACCAGCUCAGAUCAAACAACACGACUCCACGCAAAAUGGAAAAGAGACGGCCAAGCCUCAUGGCACGAAAUGGCUAGACCACAAAUCCACGGCUACGACCUCAACUGCAUCGACUCUCUAGGCUCCUCCCAAUUCGUGUCCGGCGCAGACGAGAAGCUCCUCCGCGUCUUCUCCGAACCAAAAGCAGUCGCCAACCUCCUACACAACCUCUGUGGCUUUGGCGGUUCUCAAAUCGACUCGAUGCCCGACGCAGCAAACAUGCCUGUCCUCGGCCUCUCCAACAAAGCUAUCGAAGCAGUAGCCGACGAUGAAGAACUCCCACCUUCUAAUCAUAACGACCGCGAUGCCAUCGACCCCGCCUCAAUCGUACAUAAAUCUACAUUAAACCUGAAGCACCCACCGCUGGAAGACCACCUCUCACGGCACACCCUCUGGCCUGAAAUCGAGAAGUUGUACGGCCAUGGCUAUGAAAUCUCAACCCUGGCAGCAAGCCACGACGGCUCGCUGGUUGCUACGGCGUGUAAAGCGAGUUCGAUUGACCACGCUGUAAUACGCAUCUUUGAGACGAGGGAGUGGCAUGAGGUCAAGCCGCCGUUGAUGGCUCAUUUGUUGACUGUUACACGAUUACGAUUCUCCUCAGACGAUAACUUUCUUCUGAGUGUGGGGAGGGACCGUCAAUGGGCUGUGUUUCAGAGAGCUGGGGAAGGAACAGCUGAGUAUAAACUACUUGAGCAGAACCUAAAGGGCCACUCGAGGAUGAUUCUUGACUGUGCUUGGGCGCCUGGUGAAGGCAGGGUGUUUGCUACGGCUGGGAGAGAGAAGACGGUUAAGAUUUGGGUGAGGGACGGGGAGGCUGGAUUUACGUGUAGGAAAACGAUUACGGAGGAGCAUCCGGUUACUGCUGUUGAUUUUGGAGAUGUUUUAAUGGCUGAUGGGAGGGCGUAUCUUGCGGUUGGAACGGAGAGUGGGAGGAUCAGGAUUUAUGCUUUGGAUGUGAAACGUGAUUUUUCGGCCACUGAGGUCGAGGUUGCUUAUCCAAACACUUACCCAUUCCCCUCGAAAGCCAUCACACAGCUAGCAUUGAAACCCUCGAAGAAAGGAGAAGGAAGCGAGAUGGAGCUUGCAAUCGCGAGUGAAGAUAGCUCUCUGCGGAUCUAUUCUUUUGAUCCUCCCUCUAUAUCUUAA